UGUUCAUUAGCAGUGCUUCGUUAGGCAGGGUGAGGUGCUGAGAUGGGUCAUGUCCCCCCCUCCAACAAGGUGACUAAUCCCUCGGAGACCAGGAUUUCCAUGGCUGGCCUGGGCGUGCUCCUUUCCUCUUGGCUGGGCAUUUACCACCUCCUCGCCCUCUCCUCCUCUGAGACGUGGCUGGUUGUGAGCUUGGAGAAGCUCAGUUAUGGGCUGGCAAAGCCAAGCCCAGUUCUGACCUGGGAUAUAUCCUAGGGGUGCGGCUUAUCAGGAGCAAAGUCUCCCAUGUACCCCAAACUACCUCCCAGCUGGAGCGAGAGGUUUUGGAGGAAGAAAAAAUCACCCCACAUCCCUGGCUGGCGUUUGAGUGUACAUUAAGGUUGCAGCAUCCCCCUUUGCCCAGGCCAGGAUGGUUGAAUCGAAGGCAUUGGAGGUUCCCCAAGUGACCAGCGGCAGCCACAAUGAGAGCUCCGGCCCUCGCCUGAUGCCUCUCCUGCUGAUAAAAAUGAUCAACAAGUCCCGAGGGAAGAUACUCGGGGUGCUGGCGCUGUUUCUGGUGAUGGUUUGGUACUCUAUCUACCGGGAAGACAGGUACAUACAGCUCUUUUAUUUCCCUGUGCAAGAAAACAAGACGAUGUGUCCCCUCGGGGAGGUGGAGAGGAAAGCGGCGCAGCUCAUCGGGAAUUACACGAGGGACCACCCGCUCUUCUUGCAGCUGAAGGACUACUUUUGGGUGAAGACUCCGUCGCUCUAUGAGCUGCCCUACGGCACUAAAGGAAGCGAAGAAGUCCUCCUGCGCUUGCUGUCAAUAACCCAUUACUCCCUGCCCGAAAGCAUCCAGAGACUGAAGUGCCGGAGGUGCGCGGUGGUGGGCAACGGCCACCGGCUCCGCAACAGCUCCAUGGGGGAGACCAUCAACACGUACGAUGUUGUGAUCAGGUACGGCCCUGUGUCCGUCCCACUGAUCCCUCCCCGGUGCCACCAGCAGAUGGGGUUGAUGCCUCUGAUGUCCCCCUGUCCCCCCUCAAGGCUGAACAAUGCCCCGGUCCAUGGCUACGAGCAGGAUGUGGGCUCCAAGACCACCAUGCGCCUUUUCUACCCGGAGUCUGCCCACUUCAACCCCAGGACAGAGAACAACCCUGACACACUGCUGGUGCUGGUGCCCUUCAAGCCCAUGGACUUCCAGUGGAUGGAGGCCAUUCUCAAUGACAAGAAGAGGGUGCGGAAAGGGUUUUGGAAACAGCCCCCGUUGAUCUGGGAUGCCAACCCGGAGCAAGUCCGCAUCCUCAACCCUUAUUACAUGGAAGUAACUGCUGCUAAACUGCUCAACCUCCCCAUGAAGCAGCCACGGAAGGUCAAACAGAAGCCCACCACGGGUUUGCUGGCCAUCACCUUGGCACUGCACUUCUGUGACCUGGUGCACAUCGCGGGCUUUGGCUACCCUGAUUCGGCCAACAAGAAGCAGACCAUUCACUACUAUGAACAGAUCACACUCAAGUCCAUGGCGGCAUCGGAGCACAACGUCUCACACGAGGCAGUAGCCAUCAAACGGAUGCUGGAGCUGGGCCUCAUCAGGAACCUCACCUACUUCUGAAGGCCCCGGGGGCUGCGCAGGGACCACAUCCCCCAUUGGAGGGGGACACCAACACCAGCACGGCCAGAACCCGGCGAGAGCAUCAUCCCCUCACCCUGCCCUCGUGGGACUCUUGUUGCUGGGGAGCCUGUGCUGGACCGCGGGUACCCUCAGCGGAGGUGGGGGGGCGCAGGGAGCCCCCGCAUCCCACCCGGAGCCUUUUCCUACCGAUGCACUGAUGCUACCAAGGACUUAAAGGGGGGUUUUGGGGUGGGGUCUGCCCUCCCAGCGGGCCUGGGGGGCAAAGGGAGGUCAGGAGCCUUUCCCCUGGGCUCUUACACUUAAUUCCCUCCUAUUCGGACGAGGGCCCCACUGAGGGGCCGAUUUGGGGGUCCUGGGAUCCCCCCAGGGAGCAGGAGCCUUCAGGGGGGUCCAUGUCACCUCCUCCCUGCCCAGGUUCCCCCCCCCGAAUAUUUAAUUCCCCCUCUUUUUAUUUCCUUUCUCCUCGGCGGCCCCAUCCUGUGCCUUAGCGCUGGCGCGGGGGCUCGUCCCCGCAGCCCCCCCCUUGGGUGGGGGUACCCCGAGGUGCCUGGCCUUGGGGUCCGCAGGGGCCUUCUGGGUGGGGUGGGGGGAGUUUAAUUUAAUUAAUUUAAAUGCUUAUUUAUCGUGGAGCUUC